GUUCUUUUCUUACCUUGCUGCAAUCUGGGCAACUCACUCAUGAUUCAGUUGCUAUCCCGUAGAUUAGCUGUUGUAGUCUGGAAUUAGAAAAAUUAAAUAUGGCGAUAAUAUUUAUACUUCUUUUUAUAAGUUCUGCCUGUGCAGCUUCAGUAACAGAACACAUGGCUGGACCAAGAGUAGGAAGUGAAAAACUUUACAAGUAUAGUUAUGUUACAGAGGUGUUAAUGGACAGAGGCAAAGUUUCUGCAAAGGACAGUGCUGGCUUGAAAAUAUCUUCCAAAGUAAAUGUCAACCUAGUGUGGAGAAAUCCUAGCAACGAUGAUGACCAGCUCAUCAAAAUAAUGAUGAAAGAUAUUAAAAUUGAAAAUGUAACUGCACGUCCAAAAAAGUUAAAUAUUUUUGAAGGGGCAACCGCAAAAGCUAUUAUGGGGAAGGAGAAACUGGAAGCUUUCUACAACCCAGUAUUUCUGCAUCUGAAGCAUGGAAAGGUGGUAAAUUUCUACUCAUAUCAAAAUGAACCAGAGAAUGUCCAGAACAUCAAGAAGGGCCUGGCCAGUUUGUUCCAACUCCAGCCAAAGUUAUCCAGUGUGAAUGAGGUAGAUGUCUCUGGAGAUUGUAAAGUUACCUACCAGACUAAUAAAAAUCAAGUUACUAAAGUGAAAAAAUUAAACUCUUGUAAAAUAGUCAAGAAUCCUGGUUUCACCAGCAACAUCAAGGUUUUUGGUGUCACUGGAAUGGCAAGUUGUGGUACAAUUUAUACCUUGGAGAAUGAUUUCAUCAAAACAGCCUUUGCAGAAGAAACUCACUGGAUUCGUCUCAAUGCUCGGCAAGCAACAGCAGUCGAAAUUAUAUCAAAGCAGAAGUUGCAGUUGAAAACAAUAGUUCCUGGCCCAAAUGAGGUUUCUGGAAAACAUGUGGAAGGCAUUAUAAAGUCACUGGACCCUAAUCUUGUCACUGUGUCUUUGGCAGCGGUACCUGUCAAGCAAGAAUGUAAAAACUGUCCAUCUCUUCUAGGACACUGGCAGGCCAUUCGUAAGCAUUUGGAACCUGACAACCUUUCCAAAGCAUCGGCUGCAAGAAGUUUCUUGUCUUUUAUUCAGCGCCUCAGGAUAGCUGGAAAGGAAGAGAUAUUGCAGAUGUUGAAAACAGAAAACCAAACUCUGCUCCCUCAGCUCACAGAUGCUGUAACUGCAGCGCAGACUCCAGCAGCUAUGGAGGCCAUAUUGGAUUACCUCAACUUUGCAAAUGCAAGCGACUUUCUUCUCCAGGAAAGGUUCCUUUAUGCCAGUGGCUUUGCAUCCCAUCCUAAUGAGAAAAUGUUAAGAUCAUUGCUUAACAUAUAUAAUGGGAAGAUCGGCAACAGUGACAUCAAGGAAACAGUGGUGAUUAUUAUGGGUGCCCUCAUCCGGAAAAUGUGCCAGCAGGGAGGCUGUGAACUUCCAGCUGUUGUUGAAGCAAAACAUCUGAUCCUGAAAGGACUGGAGAAGACAGAAAAGCAUUCUGAAAUGAAGAUGUACUUGCUGGCUUUGAAAAAUGCACGUUUACCAGAAGCUAUUCCACUAUUAGUCAAGUAUUCUGAAUUUGAAAUUGGGACCAUCAGCAGCAUUGCUGUCACUGCACUUCAAAAAUAUGACAUCAUUUUUAUAACCAAAGAGGUCAAAAAAGCAAUGAACAGAAUUUACCAUCAGAAUUAUAAAGUUCAUGAGAAGACUGUUCGAACUGCUGCUGCUGAUGUCAUCUUCAGCAGUAACCCAUCUUACAUGGAAGUGAAGAAUCUUCUUCUGUCCAUUGGAGAGCUACCAAUGGAAAUGAAUAAGUACAUGCUGUCCAAAGUUAAGGAUAUUCUUCGUUUUGAAAUUCCUGCCAGCAAAGUUGUUCGCCAAGUUCUGAAGGACACGAUUGUACACAAUUAUGAUCGCUUCUCCAAGUCUGGAUCCUCCUCUGCCUACUCUGGAUAUAUGAUACGCAGUCCUGAGGCCUUGUCCACAUACAGCCUAGAUAUUCUGUACUCAGGAUCUGGUAUCUUGCGGAGAAGUAACAUGGACAUCAAUAUUGUUGCAAAAAACUCUCCACUGCAUGCAAGUCAGGUAGUAAUUGAAGCCCAAGGUCUGGAACCCCUUAUAGCCGCAACUCCAGAUGAAGGAGAAGAGCAUCUGGAUUCCUUUGCUGGAAUGUCUGCCAUCUUGUUUGAUGUGCAGCUUAGACCAGUCACCUUUUUUGAAGGAUACAGCGAUUUAAUGUCCAAGAUGUUCACAGCAACUGGAGAUCCAAUGAAUGUGGUUAAAGGACUGCUUCUUUUGGCAGAUCACUCUCAGGUCAUCAAGCUACAAUCAGGACUAGAAAUCAGCACAGAGAUACAGGGAGGCAUGGCUAUUGACAUUUCAGGUGGAAUGGAUUUCAGUCUCUGGUACAGAGAAUCGAAAACUACAGUUACAAAUAAGGGAGCCUUGGUAAUUGCUGGUAAUUUCACAGUGGACUUAUCUUUUGUAAAAGCAGGACUGGAGAUUAGUUUUGAAUCAGAGGCAAUGCUAAACUUUGCAACAACAGUGAAAUUUUCACAGUAUCCAUUUUUGGUUUGCAUGCAGAUGGAGAAGGACCAGUUUCCAUUCAGGGAAUAUGUAACCAAAUACGAGAGCUUGACAUCUGGCAAGUCCUACGUGUCUCGGAAAAGAAGAGUACAGAUGAUACCUGGUUCUGAAUUUCCUCUUCACCAAGAAAACUCUAACAUGUGCAAGGAAGUGUUUAAGGAGAGCCCCUCAGGCUGGUUUUGAUAAAAGACCAACACUAAUGUUUUUUUUUUUUUUUUUUUAGAAGAUCUCAGUCUACAAGCUCCUUCAGUGGCCCAACUGUUCAAUGUACUGUGAGAAGUGGGUGCACAAAUAGUGUUUACAUAUUUAAAACAUUUUUUAUAAAACAGUAGAAAAAUAAACAGUGCACUGGUUUAAAAAAAAUACUAUUCCCAAUUAUUAUGUGCUUAUAUUUUGUCAAGUUAUAAGAAUUAACUAUUCAUUUCAUGGAACAAUAAAUUAAGUUACAUUUUAGACUUGAA